AUGAUCAAAGUCAUCUACGGUGGCUUCUUCUCCAAGCAUCGGGGCUAUACACCCGAGAAAGUGCGAGAGGUUUUGGACUACCUUGCGGAAGAAGGGAUCACAACAAUCGACACGGCCGAGGCAUAUCUUGAGAGCGAAGAGCUGCUGGGGGAGGCGGGUGCAGCAGGUCAUUUCACUAUUGACACCAAAGUCAGCGGCGGGCUAUCACAACUCGAGGCUACAGAACAGAAUGUGAUCACAAGUGCUGAGGCAAGCCUACAAAAGCUGAAGACCACAAGCGUCGAUAUCCUCUAUAUCCAUGCUCCAGACCGCAGGGUCCCGAUCAAGGCCACCCUCGCUGGAAUCAAUGCUUUAUAUCAGGCGGGAAAAUUCAAGAGAUUCGGAUUGUCCAACUUCCGCGGCGACGAGAUCGAAGAGGUGAUCAAAGUGGCCCAAGAAAACAACUAUGUGCUCCCUUCCGUCUACCAGGGGAAUUACAAUGCAGUGGCUCGACGUACGGAGACGGAAAUCAUGCCCAUCCUCCGCAAGUGGAAUAUCUCGUUCUACGCGUACAGCCCGAUUGCCGGCGGAUUCCUCACAAAGACUCCCGCGCAGCUCAUAGCCGGGGGGCAAGGUCGAUGGGACCCGUCCCAAUACGUUGGAAAGAUGUACAAUGCACUGUAUAACAGCCCUUGCAUGCUGAGGGCACUGGAGAAGUUUGUCAUCCUGUCUCAUGACACUGGGAUCUCGCAGGCGGAGCUGGCCUACCGCUGGGUAGCGUACCAUUCUCUCCUUCGACCGGAGCUGGGUGACGGUAUCAUUGUUGGGGCGCGGUUUGGUUCACAGUUGGACGAGACGCUAAAGGGACUGAGAAAGGGGCCAUUAUGUGCAGAUGUGGCAGACAAAAUCAGCGCACUUUGGGAAGAUAUCGAUGAGUCCCCGUUGGAUAAUUUUGAGGGUUAUAUCUCUGUUUCCCAUGGCUGA